AGUCGCGCCGGGAGACGCUUACCUGCCGCUUCUCCGCCGCGCGGUGCACCUGGCUGCAAGGACUUCUCCUUCGGAGGGAGGACGGCGACCCUCGGCGGAGUGGGAAAGGGCGCGCGCCGUCAGAUCACCGUCUUUCCGCGGAACGUGAGGGCGUCUCGGCGACUCCUUCCCCUAACUGCUCCCCGUCCCGCGCCCAGUUCGGGAAAAGUGGGACGACCCCGGCUCUAGUUACGGGAUCGAACCGCGCCAGGCCAGAAGGGUUCGAAAAUGCCGCGCGCGUUCCUUGUGAAGAAGCCGUGCGUCUCCACGUGCAAGAGGAACUGGAGCGAGCUCCCGGACGAGGAGCGCGGCGAGAUCUACGUGCCAGUCAGCCUAGGCUUCUGCCCACCACAGCCCUAUCAGGAGCCAGAGCCAUCGGUGGCUGAACUUCCUUCCUGCCCCCUGGCUUUGGACAUGAGCCUUCGAGACUCCAACUACAGUGUGGCCUCAGGGCCCUGCGUGGUAGCCCAGCUGCCCUCUGAAGAUGUGGGCUGCCUGACGGACUCCCAGAGCAGAGACCAGGGCUUCCUGCGCACCAAGAUGAAGGUGACUAUGGGGGACAGUCCCAAUGGAGACCUCUUCACCUGUCACAUCUGCCAGAAGGCCUUCACCUACCAGCGCAUGCUGAAUCGCCACAUGAAGUGUCACAAUGAUGUCAAGAGGCACCUCUGCACAUACUGUGGAAAAGGCUUCAAUGAUACCUUUGACCUCAAGAGACAUGUCCGAACCCACACUGGUGUCCGACCUUAUAAGUGCAGUCUGUGUGACAAGGCCUUCACCCAGCGCUGCUCUCUGGAGUCUCACCUAAAAAAGAUCCAUGGUGUGCAGCAGAAGUACGCAUACAAGGAACGCCGGGCCAAGCUGUACGUGUGUGAGGAGUGUGGCUGCACAUCCGAGACUCAAGAAGGUCAUGUUCUUCACCUAAAGGAGCACCACCCCGACAGCCCGCUGCUGCGGAAGACCCCCAAGAAGGUGGCUGUGGCCCUGCAGAAUACUGUCACUUCCCUGUUGCAGGGCAGCCCCCACCUCUGAGCAGCACAGGCCUGGGGAUGCUCCUGGAGUCCUCUAAGAGUCCGGGUUUGCCUCCCUGCUGCC